GCGCUCAUUCGCUUUUUGCCCACCUUUCGACUCGCGCGCAGUCUCCAUUGUUCGCGAUCGCGGAUAGGCAUUUCUCUCACGUGGGAACCAUUGAGUUGGUGCUUUACCAACGACCUUCAUUCAUCCGCAGGAGGCAGUCGCACGGGAUGACUAGUGCGUAGUGCUGUUAUGAUAAGGAGUGCCGGCAUGUACGCGCCUGUUCCUGGUGAAAGUUGAGUGAUGAUCAAACAGACAUAGUGUUCGGGAUCUUCCUGUUAGAUAACAUGGCCGUGGCGUUGAUAAUCCCGUCGCUGCUGAUAGCUGCGCUUAAGAGCUGUCAAUGUGAUCACGCAAAUGGAUUUGGUAUUGGAGGGAACAACGCAGCAAGAUUUGGUGAACUUUUAAAACCACCGCCGGUACCGCUACCACAAAUCGUGCCCGUACCAUUCCACGGAGGAUCAAGUAGACCUCAACGUGAGAACUUGGACGUCGGUUACCACUACCCGCCACCUUCGCCGCCGUCCUCUCAGCCAAUAUUAGCUCAAAAUGACUUUAAAUUUCCUUCACCCUUUUACAAACAGUACAAUUUCAAUUUUGUCCCCCCUCCACAGCCAUUCACAACAACUCCAUCACCUUCCUUAUUCCAAAAGGUCUCAACGUGGUUGUUUCCUUCUCAACAAACCAGUUACGAUGCUGGGUUGAGUAACAAUAAUAAUUUAAGUCCAAUUAAGAAAGACUGCAACCCUUGUAAUUUAGUGCCAUGGAUACCGGUGAUUAAAUACAAUAGUUUAGGAAAUAAAAUUAUUCAGAAUCCUAUUUCGACAUAUGGUCCGCCAAGUCCUACUGCUUUCGCUGAUGUGCAAAGCGUGAUUCAGUACCAACCGCAACCUUUUCAAUCACAAGUAGAAGAAAGAUUACCACCACAUUUAACACCAGGUACACCUGCUGCUAAUUACGGUCCUCCGGCGCUUCCAGUGCAAACUCCAACUAUUAGUUCUAUUGGACCUAUAAGUUCCACUUAUGGACCUCCGAGUCCUACGCAUACUGUAGAACUGAAUACGCAACAUCCUCAUAGUUCAACGUUUUCAUUACCCAUUUCCACUUAUGGUUUACCAAGUCAUACAUAUAGUGUACCUAAUAGAUUUAUUAAUGCACCGAGCGUCUCAUAUUUACCAGGUCUUCCAAAUGGUGUGCCAGAUAGCAAUUUUAUAGCCAGUUCAACUUACAGGCCUCCAACACCGUAUGCUUCUCCCACACCAUCUUAUUUGAGACCUUCCCCAUCCUACGGAACUCCUUACUCAGUUAGUACAUACGAGCCUGUUACUCCACCAUACGAACCUAAAGUUCCAGAGAGAGAAAAACCAACGCAGAGUGAUGUGGAAAUAAUCAGAGAUAACAUAGAACCUUUUGAUGAUCUUCAGCUACCUAAAGUGAAUCCACCAACAAGAUUUAAAAACUCUUAUGGCGAACCUAUAAUUAAUACCAAUAUUUUUGAUAUUCCAUAUCCUGUAACAGCAAUGGCAGCUGAAUCAACGAAAAUUCGCACUGAAGUUUUACCAGAAACUACAUACAAAAGGCCUGCCACGCCAAACGUUUCGUUAGCAUUGUCUAAUCCAGCUCCAUUUACUUUAAACAGAGGUAGAAAUAUACACACGUUGCAACCAGUUGCGUUACCUAAUUUAAGCGUGUCACCACUACCACCUAUAUUUAAUGCACGACCUUUUAGACCAAUUACGCCAUUUCCAAGUAAUGUUGUUCAUGGCAUCAAUCACAUGCAACAUGUUUCGAACAACGUAAAUAUUGCACAAAGUGUACCACUGGUGGAAUUCACGCAUUCCGUUGAUUAUCCUGCUACUUAUGUUCAAGCACCAGUUAUAGAUAUAGAUAGUUCAAAGCCAGCUAACCAAAGUAAAUCAUACAGAAACAUACCAAAUAGUUAUGUAAUAGAUGAAGUGAGAGAUAUAUCUUCACAAGCUUCUGAGGAUCACGUUUCGGCCACAAAAACAGGUUCCGAUGUGAGCUUUGAAAGUACUGGUUCAGAUGUUGGUAACGAUAUUUAUGAUUCGAGUGUACCUACGGAUUUAAAAUUACUUAAGCAUAGGAAUCCACAAUCGAGUUUUACUGAUCUUAGAGGAGUUAAAGACGAAGACGUAGAUAAAUUCCGUACAGAAAGUAAUUUACAAAAUAUUGAUUCUCCACUUUUAUAUCUUAAGCCUAGUGCGCCCCAUAAAAGCCACGGAGACUUUUUAAUAGCCGUAUCUACGCCAAUAUCAAGCAGUGAGUAUGAGAUUUACGAUGAUAUUCCAACAACAGUAGCUCCAUUAUUACCAACCAUUAAAACUUGGCAUGAAAGUAAAUCAGACUACAGUGAUAAAUUAGCUCCAUCUGGUAUACAGAAGGAUGUAUAUAAACCUAAAAUUGUGCAAAUUAUUGUUCCGUAUACAACCGGCCAGAAAGAAGUAGCAACAAACGAACACUUUGCACAAGGAUGGACAGAUUUAUCAGAGGAAGAGCAUCAAGGACGAAAAGUUCCAUUAAAUACAGACAAACCCCACUUGGUCACUGAAAGUGACGAAGUUCUUACUACAACAACAGAAGCAAGUGCUGUAACUUUGACCGAAAAUUAUGACCCUGACCAGUCAAAACCUACAGUUACAUUUACCGAUUUCUAUGAUGUAAAAGAACCACCAUUCGAUAUUAUAAAACUGCAACACACAAUUGAUGACUGGACUGAACAAGAAUAUUCGAAAGAUUAUAAAACCCCUCAAAGAACGAGAAGCAGUGACAAAUACGCAAAGCAAAUUCCUGAUGAAUAUUUUACAACAACUGUUCCGACAAACUAUCCAACGGAUCCAGAAACCUUUAAUGAUGAACUUUAUGACCAUGAAAGUGCAAGUAGUAUACAGCAUUCCGUUACAGAAGAGACUAAUAGUACUUUUAAUAAGGCACAUAAAGAGUACAAUACAAUAGAAAGGAGUAAGGGUAGACAGGCCAAUGAUAAAAAUGAGAUUUUGCGUGAUGUGCAAAAACUUCAUAUUUAUACAGCAGCAUCAUCGUUUAGGACAACUAGUAGCAGUACUACUUCCACUACUACGACGACGACUACUACUCCUGCUCCGUGGGAUAAAAUACAAACGUCUAUAUCUCCUUUAACAAAAGAAAAAGUGUAUUUAGUGACAUCAAAGCCUUGGAGAGAAACGCGCCAUUCUUCAAACGAUUGGUACGCCGUGGAAUCACCAUUUGAAUCCAAGAAAACUAAAUCAGAUAGUGAUGAUAGUGAUUCGGACAAUCUUCCAUUUAAAUCACCCAGAUUUAUUAACCGACCAUCUUUCGGUUUUACAUCAGGAGGAAAGAUUGAAUCCGUGAGAUCAGAUGCUUUAUUUGGAUUUUCUAAAAGCUGGUAUCAAAGCAUAAAUGAUUUGGAGAAUCAAGCACAGAGCACUAUUACACCCUUCUUCGAGAGUUCGCCACAAAAAGACAGCACUAACUCGCAGGAAGUUCAAUAAUUGUUCUUACUAACUUUUGCACAAAUCCUGUCUUCUUCACAAAUUAUGAAUAGGAUUCGAUGGAUAUAAAGACUGCUGAAUGGUUGUGUGCCAUUGUGAAAGUGGAAGCUUCAGUGGCUUCAAUAAACAUAUUUCCAGGGACGAGAACCAAGUGUAAUGUUUGUGUAUAAAAUUUUAAAUGUUAUAUGAUUUAAACGUGAUGUACAAUUGAGACAUUAUCUAUAAGGUGGCUUAAAAUUAAUUUAUAGUGCGACGAGCAAAUUAAGAAGGGCACUAAAUGAUACGUGCUCUUUUUAAUUUGAUCAAAUUAUGUUGUGUAAAAAUAUAUAAGUAUUAAUUUAAGGUGUACCAAAGUGGGUUCGGAGAAUACAAUUUCCUGUUAUUCGGAAGAAUGCAAUAUAUCAAACAAUAUACCUAAGUAGAGUAAGUGUAUUACAUUUAUUAGCAAGUAGGUUUUUGAUUUCUUCAAUUUCAUACAUAAAGGAGGCUUAAAACUCUCGCGUGUAGUUCCUAUGGCAGUGUUACUUGUAAAAUAACACUUCGACUGAGAAUUCCCGAAUGAAAAUAUUUAAUUCAUAAAGCACUUGUGUCAUUUUGUUUUAUAUCACAACAAACAUUGUUGAAGUACACGCGAAAGUGUUAAUGAUCUAUGUUUUAUACAAAUUGUAAAUAUUGAUAACUUGUAAAUAAAGAGAUUUUACUAUAUAA